AAGUUAUAUACCACCAAAUGAUAAAGAAAAUAUGCGAUAAAUAUAACAGAGUAUAUACGAAAGCUUUACAAAUCAAGUUGUACGGCGUUACUGAUAAACAAAUUUGCGAGACUGUGGUCAAUGAAUUGAAAAUGCCGAUAUCGACGUACGAAUUUGAAAGGCAAUUGGGAGAUUUAGCUGAGAAACUGUUACCGAGUGCGCCGUUACAAAAAGGAGCAGAGCGUCUCCUAACUCAUCUCCACGACUAUAAGAUCCCAAUUGCCUUAGCGACAAACUCAACCGAGCAAGCGGUUAGGCUUCAUGCCACGGCGAGACCUAAGCUGUUUGGUCUAUUUCAUCACAAAGUUAGCGUAACAGACCCGGAAGUUUUCCAUGGGAAGCCAAAGCCUGAUAUAUAUCUUGUGGCUGCAUCCAGAUUUCCUGAUAAACCAAAACCGAAACAGUGUCUCGUCUUUGAAGAUUCAGCAGUCGGUGUUACGUCUGCGAUAGAAGCAGGAAUGCAGGUAGUCAUGAUUCCUGACACUCGUCUGGAUCGGGAGCACACGCGUCACGCGACAAUCGUCAUCCAAUCCCUCAUGGACUUCCAGCCAGAGUUAUUUGGUUUACCGCCAUUCGAUGAUACUCCUAGACGAUACAGUAGAAUUGACGAUAAUUCGUCGUAGCGCAGUUCUAGCGUGUUAAACGCGAAUUAA